AUGGAAUCUUAUUUAACGCAAGCCCCCACAGAGCCUUUCGAGCAUGACACAGCAUCAUAUAAGGAAGAACACGUGCCCGACAUGAUUUCCGACCACACGAUGAAUGAAAAAAAGGAGGAGAAUCCUAAGGUCGGCAGUGAUUUUUCUGGGGCUGCUAGGCCUUCUCCCGCGUUGGAUGCGGACGACUAUCCCUCAGGCGCAGCACUUGCCUUUAUCGUCGUGGCCCUGGCCAUGAGCAUGUUCCUAGUCGCCCUGGAUAUGACAAUCAUUGCGACGGCCGUCCCCAAGAUCACCGAUGACUUCCACAGCCUCAACGACAUCGCCUGGUACGGCUCAGCCUUUUUCGUGACGAGUGGUGGUUUCCAGUCCUCGUGGGGCAAGGCCUUCAAGUACUUCUCUCUCAAAUUUACCUACCUCGCCGCCAUUUUCAUUUUCGAAGUCGGCAGUCUGAUUUGCGGCGUAGCACCUACGUCCAAGGCCCUGAUUAUCGGGCGAGCUAUUGCUGGUGUGGGUGCCGCUGGUGUCAGCUCCGGAACCUAUACGCUGAUCGCCUUUGCAGCACGACCCGAGAGGAGGCCUGUCUUUGUCGGAAUCUUCGGCCUCUGUUUCGGCCUCGCAUCUGUAGUCGGACCUCUUAUUGGUGGCGCUUUUACCGGCCAUGUCACCUGGCGCUGGUGCUUCUACAUCAAUCUGCCCAUUGGCGGGCUAUCGGCCUUUCUUGUCUUCAUCUUCUACCGCACACCUGCAUGGUAUAAGCCUGCCGAGGCCAGCUGGCAGGAGAAGCUGCUGCAGAUGGACCCUGUGGGCACCGCUCUGGCCUUGGCGGCUAUCAUCGCCUAUAUCAUAGCUAUGCAGUACGGUGGGCAGACCGAGCCGUGGAAUUCGUCCAAGGUGAUUGGCUUGCUCGUGGGCUUUGUGCUCAUCACUGCCGUUUUCGUGGCCUGGGAGAUAUAUGCGGGCGAGCGGGCCAUGAUGCCGUCACGCAUCAUGAAGCAGCGCGUCGUGUGGUUCAACUCAUUGUGGGCCUUCCUCUUAAUCGGCGCCUACUUCACGACUGUCUACUACCUUCCCGUCUACUUUCAGAGCAUCCACAACCUCAGCCCAACGGCAUCCGGCGUACGCAGCCUGCCGCUGAUCCUGACCACUAGUGUCGCUAUCGUUAUUCUCGGUAUGACCGUCAAGUACUUCGUCUCGUAUACGGCGUUGGUCAUGGCCUUUUGCGCAGCUGUCGCCGCCACUGCGAUCGGGCUGAUGAUUACCUAUGACAUUGGCUCUUCCCUGGGCAAGCAGGUCGGCUACCAGCUCCUUGCCGGCUUUGCGCUCGGUUUUCCCUUCCAGCUUCCCGUCAUCAAUGCCCAGACCCAGGCCAAAGCUGAGGAUAUUGCCAUUAUGACGGCCAUCAUUAUAUUUUCAGAGACAAUCUCCGGCGCCAUCCUCCUGUCUGCCGCGUAA